UCAAUUGAGCUCAACUGGCAAUCCUGCAGCUACGUCCAAUUAUAUCCUCCCCAGCUUUUCUCAUGCAUCGAGGAACAGCACACCCACUCCCAUGACCAUAAAAAGACUUCACUCAACUAUGUUAUCCAACCCCAUCCUUGCGAUCGAGCUAUCCCUAAUGCCAUGCUUCGUGGCAUGCACUCCCUCCCCAAGCUCUCUGUGUCUGAACGUUCUCGCACUUCAUUGAAUGGCACAGCGCUCCCACCCAUUACGACCGUCUAUCACUUUGACCAGCUCAUAGACCACAAUGACGCAGGGCUCGGAACCUUCCGGCAGCGGUACUGGAUGAACUGGGAGUUCUAUGAGCCUGGUGGUCCCAUCAUCUUGAUGACUCCUGGAGAAUGUAACGCAGAUGGCUACGAAGCCUACACUACCAAUGAGACCAUCAGCGGUCUCAUUGCUCAACAACAGAAUGGUGCAGCUAUCAUCAUCGAACACCGUUUCUUUGGUUAUUCCAAUCCAUACAAAAAUCUCACGUCACAAUCUCUCUCGCUCCUCACCAUCCAGCAGGCCAUUGAUGAUCUCGUGUAUUUUGCGACCACAGCCGACCUUCCUAUGCCUGGGGGUGAUGCUGUAAAGCCAGGUCAGGCGCCGUGGAUACUAAUCGGAGGGAGCUAUUCAGGAGCCCUCACAAGUUGGACGAUGGUCAACAAACCGGGAAUUUUUUGGGCUGGAUAUGCAUCUUCUGGCGUUGUAGAGGCAAUCACCGACUAUUAUGACUAUUUCACCCCAAUUCGCGAGUACAUGCCACGGAACUGUUCCUCUGACGUAGAAGCAGUGAUAUCCUACCUGGAUGACAUGUACGCGGUUAGCGACACCGCUGGAAUCCAGACGCUCAAGGAGGCAUUUGGCCUCGGCGAUAUUGUACACGUAGAGGAUUUCGCCGCUGCACUUCAAUCCAAUUUGUUCGAUUGGCAGUCUCUGCAGCCUGACGUCGGCCCAGGAGCAAUGUUCUUCGAGUUCUGCGAUGCACUUGAAGUCAAGGAUGGCAUUAGCGCUGGACCUCAGGGAUGGGGUCUUGAUAAUGCUAUCUACUCUUGGGUCUGUGGAGACGAGGAUGCUGAAACCUGUCUUGGGACGUAUAACACGAGCCAGUCAUACUGGACUAACGUCACAGUGAAUAAUGCAAACAGGUCGUGGUUUUGGAUGGUGUGCAACCAAGUCGGAUGGUAUCAAGUUGGCCCUCCCGAGUGCGAGCCUGCCAUCGUGAGCCGCAUCCUCCAACCUAUUUAUGACCAGCGUCAAUGCGUCAACAUGUUCCCUGAAGCAUUCGCCUGUCCACCUCAGCCUACCACGGCAGAGACGAACGUGAUGUACGCUGGUUGGGACGUGGAUAUCCCACGUCUCUUCUUCGCCAACGGCCUGCGUGACCCUUGGCGCGAGGCAACUGUCUCUGCUUAUGGGCUUGGUAAGGCCAACACUACCAGCAGGCCGAUCUAUGAGGGCGAUGGAUUCCACUGUACGGACUUGGUGAUACAGAAUGGCAUUGUGGACGCGACAGUCGCGGCCGUACAGGAAGCAGGAUUGAUGUACAUGAAGGAGUGGCUUGCUGAGUGGAAGCCUUCUGCUUGAUGGCUCGCCGUAGAUCUUAUGGACGGAUGGUGUGGUCAUAACUUAUAUAUAUACAUUCCAGGUUAUGGUGAACGUCUGGUACUACCAGUGAUUCCUUCCGAACAAUGCGAAUGCGACGCUCUUCACAUCGAAGGGCCUCAAUUGAUUGGUUUAUUUAUUUUCUACACUGCAUACGCGCCUCUAGAGAAAUGUGUAGCCUGAGCUCUGCGCCAACUACAGGAAAUGUCUAUUGACUUGGAUUUGGAAUUGAGGGUGAAUGGCAGCGGCUCGAACGCGGUGAACAAACAGAUUGCUCU